GAAUAGAGAGAGACACUUUGUUGGUAAGUUCAUGGCUCAAAAACCUGUGAAGUACUACGUGGUUGACGCGUUCACCGAGUCACCGUUCAAGGGAAACCCUGCAGCAGUGUGUUUCUUAGAAGAGCAUCGGGAAGAUGACUGGUUGCAAGCGGUUGCCACUGAGCUCAAUGCCCCUGUCACCUGUUACUUAACUCGCAUUCCCGAGUCUAAUCACAACCUUAACUCGCUCCACGCAACCUCUAAUAACGCCCGUUUUCGCCUUAGAUGGUUUACUCAUGUUAAUGAGGUUAAACUUUGUGCCCACGCCACAUUAGCUUCUGCGCACACACUAUUUUCGGCUGGUUUGGUGGAUACCAAUAUUAUUGAUUUUGUGACGCCAUCUGGAGUACUAAUUGCCAGAAAGGUCCCAGAAAUCAACGUCACCAAUGCCUCAAACUUGCAAAAGGGGUUAGUUGAGAAUGGAUUUUAUAUUGACUUUGAUCUCCCCGCUCACCCAAUUAUAGAAUUCAACUUCGACGAUACCUCACAAGUUUCUGGGGCAUUGAACGGUGCUUCCAUUGUUGAUAUAAAGAGGACACAAAUUGGAAAUGACAUACUUGUUGUAGUCACAUCUGGAAAGAAUGUAACAGAAGUAGAGCCACAUUUUGAUGCAAUAGCUAAAUGUCCUGGAAGGGGGAUAAUUGUUUCGGGGAUCGCUCCCCCAGACUCGGGAUUUGACUUCUACAGUCGAUUCUUCUGCCCCAAAGAUGGAGUCAAUGAGGAUCAUGUGUGUGGGAGCGCACACUGUGGCUUGGCAUCUUAUUGGAGCAAAAAGCUGGGAAAGUGUGAUCUCAAAGCUUAUCAGGCAUCACCGAGAGGGGGAGUUCUCAAUAUUCAUAUUGAUGUGAAGAACCAAAGAGUGAUUUUGCGAGGGAAGGCUGUUACCGUUAUGGAAGGGUGUGUUCUGGUCUAGUCCUGUUC